UCGUUUCGUGUCGGUUCGAAAUUGGAUUGCGAUCGUUCCGUGUACUCGUCGCGUCUUUUCACAAGUCCAGAGCGAAUUCCUAACACGAAUGGGUGUCAGGUGCACCGAGUCGAGUGACGGACAAGCGCUUCAGCGUGUCAAACGGCCCGAGCGAGUCCGAUUUAAACGCGGCGUCUUUCGGCACCGCAUAACCGGUGCCUGUUGCGUAUAUAGUCUAUUGCGUCUUGUCGGAAACACGGCGACAUGGCGAGGGAAAAUGGAACAGCAUCCGUUGCCGUUCGACGAAACAGAAGCAUCGAGAUAUCACGCUUACAUAAUUUUGACGAAAUGGGGCAAACUACAAGUAGAACGCCUGAAACGUGGAAAGAUCUCAUAAAUGAGAAAGACCGUGUUUUACACUGGAGCUCCGAAGUAUUGGCAAGAGUACAAGAUAACGUUACGAAUGAAGAUACAUUUUUGAUGGAGUACGACGACGACAAAAUAGAUGCUAAAAUCGACACGUGGGUUACAAUUAAUCAAGCACGAGUCGAAGAAACGCUGCAGAAAUAUCUACACGCGUCAGGCGAAUGUAAAACAGUAGUCAAGACUGAAAUAGAAAAGAUUACUAAAAAAUUACAAGUAAACAUACGAAAAGAUUACUAUCACGCAUAUAAGGAUAUAAGAAAGUUGAACAAAAGAGUGGAUCUGUUGGGCAAGAACGAAAGAAAAAUACACUUCAAAAUACAAAAGCUGGAUGAAAAAUGCGCGGGAAACACACAGAAGUUUCUAAAGAAAUUCCGGCCACUGCGUGCAAAGGUCUUCAAUAACUUGGUCAUCGGCGAGAAAAUAAUGUUCCAAGAUAAAAGACUCAAAGCCGAUUUUAUCAAGAAGGUCUACGACAUUGAUCACAAGAACUCCGUCAAUUACGCGAAACGAGUGAAGAAGUUAUUGAGAAAUUUCGAGAGCACUACCGCAGCAGAAACGUCUCGUCAAACGCAGGAGAAACGUCUCGUCAAUUCAUAGCAGCGAACACAGGUAUGAUUACUUAUACUUUUGCGAAAAUUUACUC